AUGGAGCAAGAAUCAGGAUACAGUUAUUUUACUGAGAUUGAACCUUCUGAAUGGUCUCUUAUCGGCUUUUUAGAAUGGAAAUCUAAAACUACUCAUCUUAUAUAUAGAAGCAAGAAGCAUAGUGCGUUCAAAUCUUUUCUCCAGAAUAUUGCAAAAGACAAAAAAAAAACACCAAUGCACAAAGGGCGAAGAUGCUACUCGACAACUGGAAAUGUGAUCGCUGAGUCAUCUAAUGUUGAGUCGCUGAGCUUGUUACAGUCUGUCAACCAUACCUGUAAUAUUCAGUUUUAUUGUGUGAUCACUGAGUCAUCUAAUGUUGAGUCGCUGAGCUUGUUACAGUCCGUCAGCAGUAACCGUGAUGUGUUUUGUAUUAUUGAUAAUCUCGAAAUGAGUAAACAAAAUGCGGAAGAGGAUAAUAUUAAUCAGUUCUUUAAUAGUCCUUCUGCAAAAGGAUUAAUCCAUUUUAUUAAGAAACUUAGCAAAAUAUACAACAAGAAAAACAAGAAAAGCAAGGCCAAAUAUAAAUCACAGGAUCCCAUUAUAUCUGCAAUCAAUGCAGUUUUAGAUUCUUCAUCACCUGAAGAUGAUUAUACUAUAGAUUCAGAUUAUUUUUCACCUGAAGAUGAUAACAUUACAGAUUCAGUUUCUGCAAAUAUAUCAAAGAAACAUUAUUUAAUUUUUCAAUGA